AUUCCGGGAAUCUGUCUAAGGUUCUCAUAAAUAAAGUGUUUAUCCCUCUUCUCUUUAAAAUGUUGGUUGAUGGACAAGUUGGAAAGGGUGAAAAUAUUAGAAGUGCAUGUUUGGAAGCUGUUGGAUCAAUUUCUAAAUUCAUGGACUGGAGAUUGUAUUAUGCAUUACUCAAUAGAUGCUUUCGGGAGAUGACACUGAAACCAGAUAAACAAAAGGUGUUAUUGCGGAAUUUCGGGAGACAUCAUGGAAUCGCACCUUCCAUCUAUGAUGCAUCGCAUAGCGAAUUUCCUUAAGAAUCGUUUGGAAAGUGUUCGUGAUGAAGCCAGAGCUGCUUUGGCUGCUUGUUUAAAAGAACUAGGGCUGGAGUACUUGCAAUUUGUUGUCAAAGUCUUGAGAGGCACUCUGAAGAGAGGAUUUGAAUUGCAUGUUUUGGGAUUCACUCUCAAUUUUCUACUAUCAAAAUUUCUUCUAAAUCCCAGUAGUGGGAAGCUGGAUUUUUGUUUAGAGGAUCUUCUCUCGAUUGCAAUAAAUGAUAUACUUAGUGAUAUUUCAGAGGAGAAAGAGGUUGAGAAGAUUGCUUCAAAGAUGGAAGAGACUAGGAAGCAGAAGUCAUAUGAUACCCUUAAAUUGAUUGCCCAAAGCAUCACAUUCAAAACACAUGCUCUGAAGCUGCUUGCGCCAAUUCUUAAGCAUCUACAGAAGCAGCUGACUCCAAAAGUAAAAUCAAAAUUUGAGAAUAUGUUCUCUCAUAUAGCUGCUGGAAUACAGUGUAAUCCUUCCGUUAACCAGACAGAACUCUUUAUCUAUGAAUAUGGUCUGAUCAAAGAUGGCAUAAAAGAUGAAUCUCCAGGGCAUGCAGAGACAUCGACUUUAAUGGAAGGUAAGCAAAAGAAAGAUGGAGUAAGCAGCCAGAUUGCUAAAUCAGAUAAGUUGGUCAGCGUUGAUCCACGAUAUUCCCAUCUUAUUACUGAAUUUGCUCUUGGAGUGCUUCAGAAUUACAUGAAGAACAUGAAAUUUGACAAGAAAGAUGAGCAGUUGUUGUCAAUGCUAGAUCCAUUUGUAAGAUUAUUGGGUGAAUGCUUAAACUCAAAAUAUGAGAAUGUCAUGUCUGCCUCACUUAGGUGCUUAUCUCCUCUGGUGAGGCUCCCUUUGCCAUCUCUUGAAUCUCAGGCAGAGAAGAUAAAGAAUUCAUUACUGAAUAUUGCUCAAGGUUCAGUAACUUCCAGUAAUCCAUUAUUGGAGUCUUGCGUUAAGUUGCUAACUGUGCUUUUGCGUAGCACUAAGAUCACACUUUCUACUGAUCAACUGCAUAUGCUAAUCCAGUUUCCUCUUUUUGUUGAUCUUGAAAGAAAUCCCUCUUUUGUGGCUCUCUCACUGUUGAAAGCAAUAGUGAGUAGGAAGUUGGUAGUUGCAGAAAUCUUGCAGUGUUGA